AUGGCACCUAUCGCAACCCAUCUCCUCAACGACCACUAUGAUUCCCUGUCUUUGAAAGACAAGUGGGAUUCCGUGGACGCAACGGCUUCCUACUACGAGUAUGGAGUUCACAAUGGCAAGAAGUUGGCCAAGGAGAUGAUUGGAGCCGCUUUGCAGAAGCACGUCGAGGGCGUGGAUCCACACGACUGCGAGGCCGGCGCGGAGGAUGCUUUCUUCGUGGCCGACCUGGGAGAGGUCUACCGUCAGCACAUGCGCUGGAAGAAGAACCUGCCGCGCGUCACUCCGCACUACGCCGUCAAGUGCAACCCAGACCCGGCUGUUCUCAACCUCCUGGCCAGACUUGGAGCCGGGUUUGACUGCGCCAGCAAGGGCGAGAUUGAACAGGUGUUGGGGAUGGGCGUCGAUCCGUCGCGAUUGAUCUACGCUCAGCCAUGCAAGACCAAGAGCUACAUCCGCUACACCGCCAAGGUCAAUGUCAGGCAGAUGACCUUCGACAACACCGAUGAGUUGUACAAGGUCAAACAGUUGUUCCCAGAGGCCGAGCUGUACCUGCGCAUCUUCACCGACGAUUCUGGCAGCCUGUGCCGCUUGAGCCAGAAGUUUGGCGCCAGUAUGGACAACACCGAGGAGCUGUUGGCCCUGGCUAAGGAUCUGAACCUGAACGUUGUUGGUGUUGCUUUCCACGUCGGCUCCGGCGCAUCCGACCCAGCUGCCUUCCGUCGCGCCGUCAGCGAUGCCCGCACCGUCUUCGACCAGGCUGACAAGCUGGGCUUCAAGAUGCACACCCUCGACUGUGGCGGUGGCUUCAUCCCGGACACGUUCGACGAGAUGUCCAGUGUGCUCUCCGCAUCUCUCGAGGAGCACUUUCCCCCCCACAUUCGCAUCAUCGCCGAGCCAGGCCGCUACUACACCAGCUCCGCCUUCACGCUUGCCUGUAAUGUCAUUGCCCGUCGCACGGUAGAGGACAAGCAGCCGGGUGGCGACACCCGCUACAUGCUCUACAUGAAUGAUGGUGUCUACGGCAACUUCUCCAGCAUCAUCUUCGACCACCAACACCCGAUCCCGCGCGUCCUGCGCACUGAGGGUCGCCAAGACGGAUUCGAAUACACUGUUAGGCGCAGCAGCGAAUCUCUCGUCGACUCGGGAUAUACCUCCGCCGAAGAUGAUACGUACGCCAACUACCGCGCUGGCAAGAAGCUCAUCACCUACUCCGUCUGGGGACCGACCUGCGACGGUAUCGACUGCAUCGCCGAGAAGUGGCAGGAUACCGAUACUGUCGAUGUUGGCGACUGGCUCUACUUCGAGGACAUGGGCGCCUAUACCAAGUGCUCUGCUACACGUUUCAACGGCUUCACCAAUGGUCACGAGACCAUCUACGUCUGCAGCGAGCCAGGCGCUGCUGAACUUGUUUCAUUGUAG